CCUAGUCAUCACCACCGUGUUCGAUCGUGAGGUCAACUGCCGACGGCCUGCCGCUUCUACCUUGCAGGAACACGUCGGUCGACAGGGCACUUUUCCUCACGGCAUCGACAUUCUGACCACCUGCGAUUAGUUCGCUUACGUAAUAAUGCCUAUCUCCAACUCAGUCUUUUCGUGGCGCAAUACGAAGAGUACCGGCCGCAUCUCAUCCAGCAUUUAGUGGAUCGUAAAGUCAUCCAUUGGGACACGGUUAUUCGACAGCUAACAUCUCAGGCCUUGCAUCACAUGACGUUCCUCGAUCCGGAGAGUAUGAAACUGAUUCUUUUUACUCAGAUCCUUCCUCGCUGCACAAAUCCUGAACUUUAUGUACGGCACGGAAGCAUUUUGGCCAGUGGCAAAGUCAUCAGCGCUCUUUGUCAAGUGGCAAAAGACCAUCAACGUCGUCUGCCAGAUGAACUUGGUGAUGCUGCGAUGGAAUCCAUUACCCAAACUUGUAUCGACAUCCUGGAGGAGCGUUUCUGGCGGAGUUUCGGCGGCGAUCCAAUGCGCAUAGCCGUUUGCCAUUUCAUCCAAGAUCUUAGUUCGGGGGGUUUCCCGUUGCUGGACGCUGUAGUCGACCGUUGGUUAAAGGCGUUACGAGAGUGUCUCACUUCAGCCGAUUCAAAUGUCCAGCAAUCGGCCAUCAGCGCCGUCACCGCUUUGAUUGGCGAAUACUUCCGGCAUCAGCCAGUAGAGAAACUCACUGCCUUGUUGAACCAUUUCCUACCCGAGGUGACGAGCAACAACCAACAGGCGAGAGUAGGAAACGCACUAGCCCUGGGCUCAAUACCUCGCUUCCUCCUCACCGUUUCUUUGCCGAAAGUCAUCCAACAGUUGUGCACCUGCGCUCUCAUCACCGACAAGACUCUCCAAUGGGCCGAAUCUCGAAAAAAUGCUCUGACAGCUCUUUCGCUCGUCUGCACAACCGUUGGGAUCGCCCCAUCCAGCCCAGGUGGGGUUGAUCAAGUGACACUGGCCGGAAUAUUCCGCACAUUCAUCGAUGGCUUUGAAGAUUACACGGUGGAUAGCCGUGGAGAUAUUGGAGCUAUCGUCCGUGAAUCGGCAAUGUAUUCUAUUCAGGUUGUUUAGGUAUUGACCAACACCUCGCAACCAGACCUACUUGAAGCUGACCUGAUCCGCUCCGUAUUGCAU